AUGUAUUCCUUUAACCGGCUCGACACUCCGCCUCCGCGUUCUCGUUAUCGACCUUGGUCUCCAGAGCCUAACGAUCCCCUUCCUUUAGCUUCACGACAUGCUUACGACGACUAUCAUCAGUCUGUACAAUCUCUGAGGCGGCACAGAGAGCCAUUCGAUGUAUCCGUAGAGGCAUUGGAUCUCGCAGACUACGCGAUGACUUUGAACCGCGAUUUGUAUGAUCACCCAGCUUUGGAAUUCCGUGCGCACGACCCGUAUCCUCCUUCCCCUGUAACUCGUCUUCUCGCUAGUCCUGAAUCCGCAUAUACGCCGUCCCUCGCGACCUUUCUCUCUGCCUCCUUCAACUUCUUUCCCUCAGCACACUUCCAUAGCGCUACCUCCUUAUCCAAUGCUGCACAGCCCUUGCGGGAACCCCAGACUGAACUGCGAGGCAACGACUCCGAGAUCGACAUCGCUAGAUUCCCUCCAUUCUCGCAUGCGUGGUAUGGCAACAACAAGUCUCCGAAUUUUUCAGACCCUCUCCCUGCCCCCGGAGCCAGUAUGUCACCGUUUGAUCCCGCGUUCCCCACACAUGUAUACGACACUAACCCGUACAAUCUCACUCCACCUCCGUCUUACCCAUACGACUUGAACUCCCGAUCCUCGCGCGAUCCUAAUAUUCUUCCCUGGAGCGCUGAUACUCCUGAUGUCAGUGGGCCUGUUGACCCCAAUGUCAAAGAGGAGCGCAUGCGCAUGCUGGAGGGCGAGUUUGGCAAAGCAGUAAAGAAAGACCGCGAGGGGGAGACAGCCAUUGGAAGCGUAGAUAAUAAGGGUAAGCUGAUCACAGAUGGCCCCAAGAAGAGAUUGGCCGUGAGGUUGGCACAGUUGCUGUUCUCGUUGACAGCUACCGUGGCUUCCAUAUAUGCAGCUGGGGUCAUCAAACCAAGUUCCACCCCACCUCCCUCCGGAAGGCUACCUUUAUACGUGCUUUACGUCCUCUCUAUUGUCUCAUUCCUCGCGACAACAUAUGUCUUUUUCGUUUACCCCUGCUGUUGUGGCCGACGCAGUAAAGAGAAGGACACAGCUUUACAAGGACCAGGCGGUCUCAUGGUAUUGCCCAUACAAAGCUUGCCAGGCGGGAAGAAGAACAAGAGAGGAAAGAAGAAGAAAGGUGGGGGCAGUGGUGACGCUGUGCAAGUAAAUCUGAUCGUGGAUCCUACGGUGUUUGGCGGUGAUCGUGAGCGCGAGGGAGAGUGGAAUGAGGAGGUGGACGACGAAGCCUCGGAUUUUACUCCUUCUGGCUCUCACGCGGGCCCUGGGUCCGCGCGAGGACGAGGACGCCUGGCCGCAAAGAGGCACGGCAUCUUUGCCGGGCUAGCGAUGGAGGCGCAGUGGAAGAGGGCGAGGAAGACGCUGAAGUGGGGCAUGCUGUUCGAUAUUGUCUCAAUAGUCCUGUGGGGGACGGAGUUCGUCCUUAUCCUCCUAGGUCCGCGGUGCCCAAGCUCAGGCUACGAUGGCUGGUGCGAAUCCUACAACCUGUCGACAGCCGCGUCGUGUUUGCUCUGCGUUGCAUUCGGCUUCAGCAUAUUCUUCGACAUCAAGGACCUGUAUGCCAGCAAGGUUUCGCCGAGGACGCGGACGUGA